UGUCAGGAAUCGGGGAUGUGUCGCCUGCUGUUCCUGUGGACGUGGGCCGUGGUUCUGACCCUGGCCCAGCCGGACCGCCUGGCACCUGCUGCAGGACCUGCUGAUGACAGAGUGGCCCAAAGCGAACUCACCAUGGCUACAGAAUACCUGCAGCACUACUACGACCUGCAGGUGGCGCCGCAGAGGCGCAGCAAGAGAAGCGACUCCGCCCUCGCCUCCAAAGUGAGGGACAUGCAGAGCUUUUUCGGGCUGAACGCCACCGGGCGCCUCGACUCGGAGACGCUGGAGGUCAUGAGGUCGCCCCGCUGCGGCGUGCCGGACGUCCACGAGUACGUCAGCGACCAGGGGAGCAAGUGGACCAAGAGCACCAUUUCAUACAGAGUCGUGCGGUACACCCCUGACCUGCCAUCCGACACGGUCGACUCCGAGAUCGCAGCGGCGCUGAACGUCUGGAGCAAAGCCAGCCCGCUGAAGUUCGUCAAGUCGUCUUCCGGCCAGGCGGACAUCUUGGUUGAUUUCGCCACAAGAUCGCACGGAGACUCCUACCCCUUCGAUGGACCCAGGGGCACGCUGGCCCAUGCGUUCGGACCCGGGGACGGGAUUGGAGGGGACACGCACUUCGAUGACGCCGAAAGCUGGACCACCGGGUCAGAUGGGUUCAACCUGUUCCUGGUGGCAGCGCACGAGUUCGGCCACGCCCUUGGGCUGAAACAUUCCAGAAACCAGGCGUCUCUGAUGUACCCCACGUACAAACAGAGGGACCGCAAUAACGUCCUCUCCCGAGAGGACACCAACAAGAUCGGCGCCCUCUACAGUCCAACAGCUCCAGCUAGGCGCGCUCAGCCCCCGUGGGCCUCCGUCUUCAACAACUGGUUCCUGGGCCGGCGUUUCCCCUACCGCGUGCGGGACAAGUGCAGCCCCCGCCUGGCCUUCGACGCCGUCGCCUUGCUGGGGGAAACCGUCCUGUUCUUCAGAGGCAGAUAUCUGUGGAUGAAGCCCGAUCAGCAGGAUGAUGACAAAGCGGCCCCUGUCCAGAAAUUCCUGACAAAAAUCCGGUCAGGCGUAAAUGCGGCCUACUCCAUUCCCAGCAGAUCCUCGCUAUACCUGUUUGCAGGUUCCAGUUUCUGGACUGUGAACGGGUCCCGAGUACGAAGCCGUCCCAAACCCAUCCACAGAUUUGGGUUACCCAGACAGGUGAAGAAGAUUGACGCAGCAGUGCACGUCAACACCACAGGACACACCCUGAUUUUUGCACAGGACCUUUACUGGAGCUACGAUGAAAACCGCAGGACCAUGGAGGACUCAUCCCCCCGGAAAACCAGUGAUGAUUUCCCAGGAAUUAAAACUCCAGUCGAUGCAGCCGUCUACAGAGACGGAUUCAUCCAUUUUUUCCACGGACCGGAGGUGUACAAGUACGACGCGUCGCGGAAGUGCGUCGCCGGGGUGGACAAAGCGAACAGCUGGCUGGGGUGCAAGAUGGAGUCCCCGCUAAAGAAGAGGCCCAGGCAUGAGCCCGUGUUUGCGAAUUUAUGCCAGAAUGCACAGCAUAUAAAGCCGGACGGAGGGAGACGACGGGCAGGCCUUCGUCCCCUCUCUGGAGCCAUGGCCCUCUGCACCGUUCCCUCUCUGCUGGCCCUGCUCUUUUUGGGGCUGUGCCGUGCGGCCCCCACCCCCGGUCCCGAUGUUGCUCCCUCCGUGGAGGACCAGAAGGCUGCUGAGGACUACCUGUCCCAGUUCUACCGCGAUGUGGGGACCACAAACUCAACAGGGAGGAGAAUCUCAGUGUCGAACUUUAAGAAUGAUCUAGAAACCAUGCAGUCCUUCUUUGGACUGGAGGUGACUGGUAAACUGGACAAAAAAACCCUGGAGGUAAUGAACCAGUCCAGGUGUGGUGUUUCAGACAUCUCAAGAUAUGGGCACUUCUACGGGAAGCCGAAAUGGGAUAAGACCACCAUCACCUACAGAAUUACCCAGUACACGCCGGAUCUGAGCCAGAGUGAGGUGGACACCACCCUGGCCAAGGCCUUCAAGCUGUACAGCGACGUCACGCCGCUCAACUUUCAGCAGAUCCAGAGCGGCACGGCCGACAUCAUGAUCCUCUUCAAAGGGGGUGAUCAUGGGGACUUCUAUCCCUUCGACGGCCCCAGUGGGGUUCUUGCCCAUGCCAACUCGCCGGGACGGAACCAGGGAGGGGACACACACUUUGAUGAGGAUGAGGGGUGGACUCUGACUCGCAGAGGUGUGAACCUCCUGCUGGUGGCCGCUCAUGAGUUCGGCCACGCCCUGGGACUGGAUCACUCGCGGGACCGGAAGGCGCUCAUGUUCCCCACCUAUCAGUAUGUGGACACCAACGGAUACAAGCUCCCGGACGAUGACAAGGCGGGAGUCCAGGCUUUGUAUGGGUCACGGACACCAACAGACAAACCUGAGCCGAAGCCUGAACCAGUUCCUCAACCAUCACCGGACCCAGAUCCCGAAGAACCCGAAGAACCAGAUCCCAAACCAGAUCCCAAACCAGAUCCCAAACCAGAUCCCAAACCAGAUCCAAAACCAGAUCCCAAACCAGAUCCCAGACCAGUCCCCGGGCCCAAUCCGAAAGAUGAGCAGUGCAGUCGGGACCUGGUUUUCGAUGCUGCCACAACCAUCAGACGUGAGCUUUAUUUCUUCAAGAACGGAUACUUCUGGAAGAAAAGUACCUGGUUCACCGGGGUGAGGUUAAGGCAAGUGAAACAGACCUGGCCUCAGAUUAGUUACGUCGACGCCGCUUAUGAAAUCAGAACAAAGGACACUGCCUAUCUUUUUCAAGGCAAUCAAUACUGGGGAGUAAAAGGUUACAGAACCCUCCCCGGUUACCCCAAAUCCAUAUCCACCCUUGGAUUCCCCUCCUCGGUGACUAAGAUCGAUGCAGCUGUCCAUCUGUCAACAACCAGAAAGACCCUCUUCUUUGUCAACAACCAGUACUACAGUUAUGAUGAGACAACAGGCAAGAUGGAUCCAGGAUAUCCUCGAUACAUAUUUUUUGACUUCCCUGGAAUUGGAUUAAAGGUGGAUGCUGCCUUUGAGAACUAUGGUUACCUUUAUUUCUCUGAUGGUCCACGACAGACUGAGUACCACUACCGCACAAAAAGGAUCAUCCGUGUUCUUUUAAACUAUGGCUGGCUGGACUGCUACUAAACCAUAUUCUCCAUCGGUGUUCUGCAGUUGUGUGAAUUCUGGACAUUUUGAUCAGUUUCGCCGUAUGAAUAAAUAAUCAAAAGCUAUUACGCUGCAUUUGGAAAUGUAAUGUUUCGACCUCAAAGUGUAUAUAACAAACUUCUUCAUAUUAGA